UGCUGUAUCCAAGCCUCGCUUACAGAAACGAACACAUUCCCUGGCAUUUGUAGGAAAAGAUGUACGUGUGUGGAGGCACAACCUGCCUGUAGUUCGCGCAAGCUGUCGUUUCCAACGAAAACGUUCCUGCAAUCCGAUCUCCCCGUGAUUCUGGUCGCCGUUGGUUGGUAGGGUCCUUGGCAGUUACACAUGUGCGCUUGUCACAUUCUGAUUCUUCACCCCGGAGCCUAUGCUUUCAUUACCGUGUCCUUCUCUUUACAUUCCGUGCGUACUGUGUCUGCGUUCCAACAUCCCUCUGCACACAGACCCACCGCUCGUCGUUUGCAUCGACAUUCCAAAAAAGCGGAAGCUAAGGACAAUCAGCCUGACAUAACAGGAGAGCAAGUGCGGGACGUUUGCUUCGUUGCCUACUCUAUUAUCAGCAAACUACGGCGUGUUUCACAGAAGUUGGUACAUCUUGGUGAAGUUUUUUUCCACAGCUGAGGACAAUCGGAUGCUAAAUGACAUUGCAUCAGGAAGAAUAACAAGCUCUUGCAUUUGCGACUCGGUCCAAGCUUUCAUGACUGUCCCCAGCCUAUUGUGUUUCAUAUGUAGACCCUAAUCCGAACACUGGGUGGAGUCUCCAGUGAGCCCCGGACUGCUUUGGACACAGAAUGUCUGCAGCAUGGAUGUGAAAGAGCGCAGGCCCUACUGCUCGCUGACAAAGAACAGGCGAGACAAAGAGCGGCGCUACACCGGCCCCUCGGCCGACGGCGAGGAGUGCAGAGUGCCUACCCAGAAGUCCUACAGCUCCAGCGAGACGCUCAAAGCCUUCGACAAUGACUCCUCCAGACUCCUCUAUGGAGGCAGAGUGAAAGAAAUGGUCCACAGGGAGACGGACGAGUAUAAUAGGCAAGGGCAGAAUUUUACCCUGAGGCAGCUAGGGAUAUGCGAACCCUCCACGCGCCGGGGCCUGGCGUUCUGCGCCGAGAUGGGGCUCCCCCACCGCGGCUACUCCAUCGGCGCGGGCUCCGACGUUGACGCGGAGAACGAGGGAGUGAUGUCCCCGGAGCACGCCAUGCGCCUGUGGGGCAGGGGGGUCAAGUCUGGCCGAAGCUCGUGCCUGUCGAGCCGCUCCAACUCCGCCCUCACUCUGACCGACACGGAGCACGAGAACAGGUCUGACAGCGAGAGCGGUUCUUCCAUGCCAUCCUCUUUAUCCAGUCCAUCAGUCAUUGAGCAUUCACAUUCCCAGCCUCCAUCACCCAAUCUCCAUGACAACCAGAGGCAGUUGCUAAGUAAUGACACCACCCAGCCAGUUCAUGACUCUGACUCGGAUGAAGAGUACACUGCCAGCCUGUUUUUACCAGUAACACAUGCUGGUCAAGACCCUGCUUGUAAUGAACAACCUCCCAGCCAACAAGGCCAGUCCACGCUGCAGCCUGCCCCGCCUACUCACAAGCAGCAUCCGUCCGUCACCUCGCUGAACCGUAACUCUCUGACUAACCGAAGGAACCACAGCCCGGCCCCACCGGCCGCCUUGCCCGCCGAGCUGCAAACCACACCCGAAUCGGUCCAGCUGCAGGACAGCUGGGUCCUGGGCAGCAAUGUGCCUCUGGAGAGCAGAAAAAUAGCAAAGCAAGCAGUUCUCGAAAACGGGCAUGACAACCUAAUAGAGAUGGAUGUAUUCACUCCAGCGUGCCACGAUGGCGGUUAUGGGGAUGGGCACUUCCUCUUUAAGACCGGAACUGGCACGACCCCUCUCUUCAGCACAGCAACCCCAGGCUACACCAUGGCGACAGGAGCGGUUUAUUCCCCGCCCACUAGGCCACUGCCCAGGAACACACUCUCCAGAAGUGCUUUUAAAUUCAAGAAGUCCUCAAAGUACUGCUCCUGGAGGUGCACUGCGCUCAGUGCUGUGGGUGUCUCCGUCCUGCUGUCCAUCCUGCUAUGUUACUGUAUAGCCAUGCACCUCUUUGGCCUCAACUGGCAGCUCCAAGAGACAGAAAACUACACCUUUGAAAACGGGCAGGUUAAGUCAGAUGCCACUCCCACAAAUGCAGUGACAGUUCUCUCAGUGGACAACGGGAAGCUGGGUGUGUUCCUGCAGGAAAACAACACCAUUGACACGGGGGAGGUUGAUGUGGGGCGCAGGGUGGGGCAGGAGGUGCCCCCAGGGGUGUUCUGGCGCUCACAACUCUUUAUCGACCAGCCUCAGUUCCUCAAGUUUAACAUCUCGGUGCAGAAGGACGCCCUCAUCGGGGUGUACGGGAGGAAAGGCCUGCCGCCAUCGCACACACAGUAUGAUUUUGUGGAGCUGCUGGACGGGAGCCGACUCAUUGCCAAAGAGAAGCGCAGUUUGAUUGAAUCAGAGGGUGGCGGCAGGAGGGCCCGUUCCAUAAAUGUUCAUGAGGCUGGUUUCAUCCAGUACCUGGAUUCUGGCGUCUGGCACCUGGCCUUCUACAAUGACGGGAGGAAUACAGAGCAGGUGUCGUACAACACCAUUUUCAUUGAAUCCAUCAUGGAGUGCCCGCACAACUGUCAUGGAAACGGAGAAUGUCUCUCUGGAACAUGCCAUUGUUUCCCAGGGUUCCUUGGGCCGGACUGCUCAAGAGCCGCCUGCCCCGUGCUGUGCAGCGGGAAUGGUCAGUACUCCAGGGGGCGCUGUCUUUGCUUCAGCGGGUGGAAGGGCACCGAGUGCGACGUGCCCAACAGCCAGUGCAUCGACAUCCACUGCGGCGGUCACGGCAUCUGCAUCGUGGGCUCCUGCGUCUGCAACACCGGCUACAAGGGGGACCACUGCGAGGAAGUGGACUGCCUGGACCCAUCCUGCUCUGCGCAUGGGGUGUGUAUCCAUGGAGAGUGUCACUGUAAUCCUGGCUGGGGUGGAGCUAACUGUGAGAUCCUCAAGACCAUGUGCCCUGAUCAGUGUUCGGGCCAUGGUGCCUACCAGACAGAGAGUGGAACCUGCAACUGUGAUGCCAACUGGACUGGUCCAGACUGUUCUGUCGAGGUGUGCGCAGUGGACUGCGGCAGCCACGGCGUCUGCGUCGGCGGCGCGUGCCGCUGUGAGGAGGGCUGGACCGGCGCCGUCUGCGACCAGAAGGCCUGCCACCCGCGCUGCUCGGAGCACGGCACGUGCAAGGACGGCAAGUGCGAGUGCCACCAGGGCUGGAACGGCGAGCACUGCAGCAUCGCUCACUAUCUGGAUAAGAUAGUAAAAGCAGACAAGAUAGGAUAUAAAGAGGGGUGCCCUGGGUUAUGCAACAGCAACGGGAGGUGUACUCUGGACCAGAACGGCUGGCACUGCGUCUGUCAGUCUGGAUGGAGAGGGGCGGGGUGCGACGUCGCCAUGGAGACCCUCUGUACAGACGGCAAGGACAACGAGGGAGAUGGAUUAGUGGACUGUAUGGACCCUGACUGCUGUUUGCAAAGUUCGUGUCAGAACCAGCCCUACUGCCGUGGAGCACCUGACCCCGGUGACAUCAUCGGACAGAGCCAGCAGCCACCUGCUCCCGCCAGGUCCUUUUAUGACCGAAUCAGCUUUUUGGCAGGGCCGGACAGUAGCCAUGUCAUACCUGGAGAAAAUCCAUUCAACAGGAGCCUAGUGUCCAUCAUCAGGGGUCAGGUGUUGACAGCGGACGGGACGCCCCUCAUCGGAGUCAACGUCUCCUUCGUGCACUACCCGGAUCAUGGAUUUACCAUCACCCGACAGGACGGCAUGUUUGACCUGCUGGCUAACGGUGGAGCCUCGUUGACCCUGAGCUUUGAGCGUUCCCCCUUCCUAACUCAGUACCGCACAGUCUGGAUCCCCUGGAACGUGUUCUACGUGAUGGACACUCUGGUGAUGAAGAAGGAGGAGAAUGACAUUCCCAGCUGCGAUCUGAGCGGUUUCGUCCGGCCCAGCCCCCUGAUCGUGUCCUCCCCGCUGUCCACCUUCUACAGGUCCUCCCCCGAGGACAUCCCCAUCAUACCUGAGACACAGGUCCUUCAAGAGGAGACGGCCAUCCCGGGAAGUGACCUCAACCUCUUCUACCUGAGCUCGCGGGCGGCCGGCUACAAACCUAUCCUUAAAGUGACCAUGACCCAGGCCAACAUCCCCUUCAACCUCAUGAAGGUUCACCUUAUGGUGGCCGUGGUGGGACGUCUGUUUCAGAAGUGGUUCCCCGCCUCACCCAACUUGUCCUACACCUUUAUAUGGGACAAGACUGACGCCUACAAUCAGCGUGUCUAUGGUCUAUCAGAGGCCAUGGUAUCUGUGGGUUUUGAAUAUGAAUCUUGCCUGGAUUUGAUUCUCUGGGAGAAAAGAACUGCCAUUUUACAGGGAUAUGAACUGGAUGCAUCUAACAUGGGCGGUUGGACUUUGGACAAGCAUCAUGUGUUGGAUGUGCAGAAUGGCAUCUUGUAUAAAGGAAACGGGGAGAACCAGUUUAUUUCCCAGCAGCCCCCAGUCGUCAGCACCAUCAUGGGGAACGGCCGUCGCCGUAGCAUCUCCUGCCCCAGCUGCAACGGCCAGGCAGAUGGUAACAAGCUGCUGGCCCCAGUGGCCCUGGCCUGUGGCAUAGACGGCAGCCUGUUUGUGGGUGACUUCAAUUACAUCAGGCGGAUUUUCCCCUCGGGGAAUGUCAGCAGCGUGAUGGAGCUGAGAAAUAAAGAUUUCAGACAUAGUAACAACCCCGCUCAUAGAUACUACCUGGCCACUGAUCCUGUCACGGGACAGCUUUACGUUUCGGACACCAACUCCCGCCGGAUAUACCGGCCGAAGGUGCUGACCGGGACGAAAGACCUGAUUCAGAAUGCCGAGGUGGUGGCAGGCACCGGCGAGCACUGUCUGCCCUUUGACGAGGCCCGGUGUGGGGAUGGCGGAAAGGCCACUGAGGCCUUACUGAUGGGCCCCAAAGGUAUCGCAGUGGACAAGAAUGGAUUUAUUUACUUCGUUGACGGGACUAUGAUCCGGAAGGUGGAUAGAAACGGCAUCAUCUCCACCGUCUUGGGAUCCAACGACCUCACUUCUGCCCGACCUCUGACCUGUGACACUAGCAUGCACAUCCGUCAGGUCCGCCUCGAGUGGCCCACCGAUCUUGCCAUCAACCCGAUGGACAAUUCGAUUUACGUGCUGGACAACAACGUGGUCCUGCAGAUCACAGAGAACAGGCAGGUGCGCAUCGCGGCCGGACGGCCCAUGCACUGCCAGGUGCCCGGGAUCGAGUACGCCAUGGGCAAGAGGGCGGUGCAGACCACGCUGGAGUCGGCCAGCGCCAUCGCUGUGUCCUACAGCGGCAUACUGUACAUCGCCGAGACGGACGAGAAGAAGAUCAACCGGAUCAGGCAGGUGUCCACGGACGGCGAGAUCUCUCACCUGGCUGGGACCCUUUCAGAGUGCGACUGCAAGAACGACGCCAACUGUGACUGCUACCAGACCGGCGACGGCUACGCCAAAGACGCCAAGCUCAACGCCCCGUCCUCCCUGGUGGUGUCGCCCGACGGCACCCUGUACAUCGCCGACCUGGGCAACAUCAGAAUACGGGCGGUCUACAGGAACAAACCGCAGCUUAACUCCAUGAACUUCUACGAGGUGGCCUCACCUGCUGACCAGGAGCUGUAUGUCUUUGACACCAACGGCACGCACCAGUACACCAUGAGCUUGGUCACGGGCGACUACAAGUACAACUUCAGCUACAGCAACGAGAACGACAUCACAGCAGUGACGGACAGCAGCGGGAACACACUGCGCAUCCGGAGGGACCCCAAUCGCAUGCCUGUCCGGAUCGUCUCCCCGGAUAACCAGGUGAUCUGGUUGACCAUCGGGACCAAUGGCGGGCUGAAGACUCUCACCGCCCAGGGCCAAGAGCUGGUUCUGUUUACAUACCAUGGCAGCAGUGGUCUCCUGGCAACCAAGAGCAUUGAGAUUGGAUGGACCACAUUCUUUGACUAUGACAGCGAGGGCCGGCUAACGAAUGUAACUUUCCCGACCGGAGUGGUGACCAACCUGCACGGAGACAUGGAGGGGGCUAUUACAGUGGACAUCGAGACCUCUGGGAGGGAAGAGGAUGUCAGCAUCACCACUAACCUCUCAUCCAUUGAUUCCUUCUACACUCUGGUUCAAGAUCAGCUAAGAAAUGGUUACCAGGUGGGCUAUGACAAUUCACUGAGGAUUAUCUAUGCCAACGGAAUGGAUACACACUACCAAACAGAGCCCCACAUCCUAGCUGGUCCUGCCAACCCCACCGUGGCCCGUCGCAACAUGACGCUGCCAGGAGAAAAUGGACAGAACCUGGUGGAGUGGCGCUUCCGCAAGGAACAGACAAGGGGCAAAGUCAUUGUGUUUGGAAGGAAGCUGAGGGUGAAUGGAAGAAACCUGCUGUCUGUCGAUUAUGAUCGAACGCUACGGACGGAGAAGAUCUACGACGACCACCGCAAAUUCCUCCUCAAGAUCAUUUACGACACCUCGGGUCACCCAACUCUGUGGGUGCCCAGCAGCAAGCUGAUGUCUGUCAACCUGACGUACUCCUCCACCGGCCAGAUCACCAGCAUCCAGAGAGGCCCCACCACCGAGAGGGUGGAGUACGACAGCCAGGGCCGGCUCAUCUCCCGAGUGUUUGCAGAUGGCAAGACCUGGAGCUACACCUACCUGGAGAAGUCCAUGGUGCUGCUGCUGCACAGCCAACGCCAGUACAUCUUCGAUUACGACUUGCUGGAUCACCUGUCCGCCAUAACGAUGCCGAGCGUGGCCCGCCACACAAUGCAGACCAUCCGCUCCAUCGGCUACUACCGCAACAUCUACAACCCCCCGGAGAGCAACGCGUCCGUCAUCGUGGACUACAGUGAGGACGGGCAGCUGCUGAAGGUGGCGCACCUGGGCACGGGCCGGCGCGUCCUCUACAAGUACCGGCGGCAGACAAAGCUGUCAGAGAUCCUGUACGACAGCACCCGCGUGAGCUUCACGUACGAUGAGACCGCGGGGGUCCUGAAAACCGUCAACCUGCAGAGCGAGGGCUUUAUCUGCACCAUUAGGUACAGGCAAAUCGGGCCCCUAAUCGACCGGCAGAUUUUCCGCUUCAGCGAGGAUGGGAUGGUGAACGCCCGCUUCGACUACACCUACGACAACAGCUUCCGCGUGACGAGCAUGCAGGGCGUGAUUAACGAAACACCCCUGCCCAUCGAUCUCUAUCAGUUCGAUGACAUCUCCGGGAAGGUUGAGCAGUUCGGCAAAUUCGGCGUCAUCUACUACGACAUCAACCAGAUCAUCUCCACCGCGGUCAUGACUUACACAAAGCACUUCGACGCGCAUGGGCGGAUUAAGGAGAUUCAGUACGAGAUAUUCCGCUCGCUGAUGUAUUGGAUAACCAUACAGUAUGACAACAUGGGCCGAGUCACAAAGAGGGAGAUCAAAAUUGGGCCAUUCGCCAACACAACAAAGUAUGGCUACGAAUAUGACGUGGAUGGCCAGCUGCAGACCGUCUACCUGAACGAGAAGAUCAUGUGGCGCUACAAUUACGACCUGAAUGGAAACCUCCACCUGCUUAACCCGAGUAACAGUGCCCGUCUCACUCCGCUCCGGUACGACCUGAGGGACAGGAUCACACGCCUGGGAGAUGUCCAAUAUCGCCUGGACGAGGACGGUUUCCUGCGGCAGAGAGGCGCCGAGAUCUUCGAGUACAACUCCAAGGGCCUCCUCGUGCGAGUCUACAGCAAAGGCAAUGGCUGGACCAUCCAGUAUCGCUACGACGGCCUUGGAAGGAGGGUCUCCACCAGGACAAGCCUGGGACAGCACCUCCAGUUCUUCUAUGCAGAUCUGAACUACCCCACCAGAAUCACCCAUGUGUACAACCACUCAAGCUCCGAGAUCACCUCCCUCUACUACGACCUUCAGGGCCACCUCUUCGCCAUGGAGAUCAGCAGCGGAGAGGAGUUCUACAUCGCCUGUGACAACACGGGCACCCCUCUGGCAGUGUUCAGCAGCAACGGGCUCAUGAUCAAGCAGGUCCAGUACACAGCCUACGGGGAGAUCUACUUCGACUCCAACCCGGACUUUCAGCUGGUGAUCGGCUUCCACGGAGGUCUGUACGACCCCCUGACCAAACUGCUACAUUUCGGUGAGCGGGACUAUGACAUCCUGGCCGGGCGAUGGACCAUACCUGACAUCACCACAUGGAAAAGGGUGGGGAAGGACCCUGCUCCAUUUAACCUGUACAUGUUCAGAAACAACAAUCCCGUCAGCAAAGUACAUGAAGUUAAAGAAUAUGUCACAGAUGUCAACAGCUGGCUGGUGACAUUUGGGUUCCAUCUCCACAAUGCCAUUCCUGGCUUCCCAAUCCCCAAAUUUGACCUGACUGAACCGUCGUUUGAACUGAAGAAGAGUCAGCUUUGGGAUGAUCUGCCGUCCAUCUCUGGGGUCCAGCAAGAGGUAGUAAGACAAGCGAAGGCCUUCCUGUCCUUUGAGAGGCUGCCAGAGAUCCAGCUGAACAGACGACGAGCCAGCAGAGAGAAGUCGUGGCUCUGGUUUGCCACAAUCAAGUCCCUCAUUGGGAAAGGAGUCAUGCUGGCUGUCAGUCAGGGACGAGUGGUCACGAACGCACUCAACAUCGCCAACGAGGACUGCAUCAAAGUCGCAGCCGUUCUGAACAACGCCUUCUACCUUGAGAACCUGCACUUCACCAUCGAGGGGAGGGACACGCACUACUUCAUCAAGACCACCCUGCCGGAGAGCGACCUGAGCACACUCAGGCUCACCAGCGGGCGCAAGUCCCUGGAGAACGGCAUCAACGUGACCGUCUCCCAGUCCACCACGGUGGUGAAUGGCAGGACUCGCAGGUUCGCUGACGUGGAGAUGCAGUACGGCGCCCUGGUGCUGCACGUGCGCUACGGCAUGACCCUGGACGAGGAGAAGGCCCGCAUCCUGGAGCAGGCCCGACAGAGGGCGCUGUCGAGCGCGUGGGCACGGGAGCAGCAGCGUGUGCGUGACGGAGAGGAAGGAGCCCGGCUCUGGACAGAGGGGGAGAAGAGGCAGCUACUGAGUAGUGGGAAGGUACUAGGAUAUGAUGGGUACUAUGUACUCUCCAUAGAGCAAUACCCGGAGUUAGCCGACAGUGCUAACAACAUACAAUUCUUACGGCAAAGCGAAAUAGGGAAGAGGUAACAAACUGUUCUUCACUGGCU